AUGGCCCACCGUCUUCGCACCUGGCUGCGACGCAGACUGAAUUUUCGAGGCAAGAAAAGGAGUCGCGCGUUCGGUACAUCACUGCAACAGACCGCGACCCCCAGCAAGCAACAAGACUUCCCACCACCACCUUAUAAUACACUGGACCAUCCAUCCCCGAGCACACAUGAGCUCCCAUCGAGUAUAGACGGGAGUGAGAGCCUCGAAGUCCUUCGCGCCCGGAACCCAGCGACUCCGUUCUUACGCCCGCCCCGAGACGAGACCAGGCCGCUCCAAGCAACUGAACUUGCGGCUCAAGCCGCUGUCAUCAGAAUGCUUCGCGCCCUGGAUGAGCCGAAUCCCACAAUGGUCGCUGCGCGCACGGCCCAAGCGAUCGCUGUGGCUGUGUCUACCACACGCUCAUAUGCUGCGUUCGUUGCGGCUGUUACUGCAGCGGAGAGCUCUGCUUUGCUUCUCGUUGAAGACCAUCGAGACAAUAGUCAGCGUGAUCGAUGUAGAUCACGCCAAACGAAUGCGCUGGAAGCUGCUACUCACGCAGCUAUGGUCGCCGAUGCUGGCAUCAAGCCCAUAGUGGCUUGGCCAUUUAGUAUCUACGACAUCCAUCGUCUGACCUCUUCGUCACAAACAGGUUCUCUUUUGUCUGAGUAA